AUGGGGCAAUUGGACAAGGAUAUGGCUAAUGCUAGCUUUUCGAGGGGGGCCGACCAUGCGGUGGCGGCGAUGGAUGCGGAGGCGGAGAAUGGGGAAUGCGGCGUCAGCGUCAGGAGAGCCCACCCGCAGGCCCCGCCUCCUCCUCCCCGCGCCCCCUCCGGCCCCGCCCCUUGCGCGCGGUGCUUGUCGGGAGGGAGGGGCGGAGAGGCCUCUUCCGGCUGGGGCUGGUGGCGGGCAGCGCGUGGCGCGGGCAAGAGGGCGGACGAGCCAGGUUCUGUUUCCAAGAAACACAAGAAGAAGAAAGAAAGAAAAUCUUUGCUAGCUGAAGAUGUUGCUGACAUUCAAUACUCAGAAGAAUUCUUUAUCAAGCCUGAAUCCAGAGUGGCUCAGCUGGACACAUCACAGUGGCCUCUGCUUCUCAAGAAUUUUGACAAGCUGAACCUAAGGACAGCGCACUACACACCCCUCCCCUCCGGCUGCAAUCCCUUGAAAAGAGAGAUUGCUGAGUAUGUGAGGACGGGCUUCAUCAACCUGGAUAAACCAUCCAAUCCUUCUUCCCAUGAGGUGGUGGCCUGGAUCCGUCGCAUCCUCCGUGUUGAGAAGACGGGACAUAGUGGCACAUUGGACCCCAAAGUGACAGGGUGCCUGAUUGUCUGCACUGAGCGUGCAACACGGCUGGUCAAGUCUCAGCAAAGUGCAGGCAAAGAGUAUGUGGGAAUCGUACGGCUGCACAAUGCAAUAGAGAGUGAGGCUCAGCUUUCAAGGGUGAAUGCCAUCUGCUACGGUGCAAAGAUCAUGCUGCCUGGCCUACUACGGUAUGAAGAUGGCAUUGAGGUCAAUCAGGAGAUUGUUGUGAUCACCACGAAAGGAGAGGCAAUCUGCACAGGGUUCUUUGCUCACUUGGCAGAGUGGAAUACUUCUUUUUGGGUUACUCUUCCUCUACUCAAGAUCCUUUCAUGCAGCUGACUUGUUCUGACUUUUCCUCUGUGCGUGGUUUUCUCCUGUAAACCCAGAAGGGCUUGGUGGUUAAUGAUGGCAUUUGCCUCUGAUCUAAAACUGGCAGUAGGAGUGACACUGUUCACAUUGCACCUGUAUGGCAAAUAAACCACAGUAGCUUUUGUUGUA